ACUCAUCCUGCAAUAUGUCGACUAACUCCAUCAAGCUCUUGACUGGCAACAGUCACCCAGAGCUUGCCGACCUCGUUGCUGAUCGUCUCGGCAUUGAGUUGACCAAAAUCAUGGUUCUGCAAUACUCCAACCAAGAGACCAGUGUCACAAUCGGUGAAAGUGUGCGAGACGAAGAUGUCUUCAUUCUCCAAUCGACGAAACCUAACGAUAUUAACGACGGACUCAUGGAGCUUCUGAUCAUGAUCAACGCCUGCAAGACUGCCUCCGCCCGCCGCAUCACCGCCGUCAUCCCCAACUUCCCCUACGCCCGCCAAGAUAAGAAGGACAAGAGCCGUGCUCCCAUUACCGCUAAGCUCAUGGCAAACAUGCUUCAGACUGCGGGUUGCAACCACGUUAUCACCAUGGAUCUCCACGCCAGUCAAAUCCAGGGCUUCUUCAAUGUCCCCGUUGACAACCUCUACGCGGAGCCCAGUAUGCUCAAGUACAUUCGCGAGAACCUCGAUGUCAGCAACUGUGUCAUCGUCAGUCCUGAUGCUGGUGGUGCCAAGCGUGCUACUGCGAUUGCCGAUCGCCUGGACCUGCAGUUCGCUCUCAUUCACAAGGAACGUGCCCGUCCCAACGAGGUCUCGCGCAUGGUUCUUGUAGGUAACGUUAAGGACAAGGUUGCCAUCAUCGUCGACGACAUGGCCGACACCUGCGGUACUCUCGCCAAGGCCGCUGAGACCGUAAUGCAGCACGGUGCCACCGAAGUCAACGCCAUUGUUGUCCACGGUAUCCUGUCCGGCAAGGCCAUUGAGAACCUGAACGGCAGUUGCCUCAAGCGCAUCAUUGUGAGCAACACUGUUCCCCUGGGUGACAAGCAGGAGCGCUGUGAUAAGAUCAAGACCAUCGACAUUAGCCCUACAUUGGCUGAGGCAUGCCGGCGUACACACAACGGCGAGUCGGUUAGCUUCCUGUUCUCGCACACCGUGGGGUAAAUCACAAGUCUGAGAGACAGAAAUGAAUGAUUCCAUCAAUACCAAGACGGAGGAUCAGUCCACGGGUGUUU